GACGCGUCAGGGCUGUGUUUAUAUCCAAACCAUCUGGACCUUGGAGCAUCUCUUCUUCCAAUUUCGGACGUCAUACAUCUACCACCAUUGGCCCACAUCAACCAUCAACUCUUUCUGGUCCUUCCACGCAUCCCGCCAAAAGACGCAUCUCUUACGCACCUCUCCAUCAGUCCGCGCAUACCUCGACGACACUUGCGCCCUCGCUUCUCCACCUCUUGCGCCGGCCCUCCAUCACCUACAUCCCGCAAGCCUGCAAGCUGGCCAAUUACGCGACGCCGCCAGUCUCGCCCUUGGGGUACCGGGCACUCGAACCGCCCUUCAGUCUGCAGUAUAAAGGCGGGCUGGUUGGGAUGGACAAUGACCGCCGGCCACGGCAUACUCCCUCAGGUUACGCGAGCCAGCAAGGCACGCUCCUUCCACCACAGGCGUCGUAUCCAGUGGUAAGCGCACCCGAUCGCUUCAGGCAGCCGCCCUUGACAGCUCCUGCCCCACCUACCUCCGUCCCCUCUUCCGGAAGUCGCGCCAGCUCUCAGGGUUACGGUUACGCUUACGGUGAAGGUGCACAGUUUGGCUCAUCGAUUCAAGCAUCCCCCGUAGCCUAUGCCACCCAGGACUAUGCCGCCGAACAGCAACAACAGGCUCAGCGUGCACCCCAGCAGUACUCGCCCUACGGCCAGAACAUAAUGUACAGCGUGCCCGGCGCCCAGGCUUCGGCGCAAGCCUCGUCGCAGUAUGAGCCUGUGGAACAGUACCAGCAGAAUAGGGACUCGGCUAUACAGGUCCUGAGCACCGGCUUUGGCGUGGCACAACCGCAGUACUAUGAGAGUGGGCCCACGAGCGCACCUGCCUCUGCCAUCGCGGCGCAAAACGUUCCUUCUCAGUAUCCUUCGUUAGGUUAUUCAGCACCGCAAGCCCAGGUCGGCCGAGAAGCACUUGCGCCCGCCUACUCUGCCGCUGGCAUGACGGACCCCCAUCAGGCGCCCUCUCAAGGGGCCUACUCCCAGGGCAACUACAGCGAGCCCCAGCCAAACAGUGGCAAUGAGUACGACGACUUCUACAGAAACUACCAGAACGAGCUCAAGAAGACAUUUGAGCAUGUACGUGACGGCCGCCUUAGCGAAGCCGGAACACUGCUCUUUAGAAUGUCCGACUGGCUAUUGCACUGGGCUGAGACGCUGGCAGGCCUAGUACGCGACGACGAAACCUACUACCAGCAGCGUCUGCAGUUGUGGGAAGAAUUCAACACCUGCUGGCUCACUACACUGCAAAAGCAGAAGACCAUGACGCAGGAAAUGACCACAACGGGCCAGCGACCACAACCGCCAAAAUCGCUGAUCGACUAUGAGUUUCUUGAGAAGAUGGGCACCCAACUCGUCAAGAAUUGCGACGCCAUGGAGAAGCACGGUCUUGUCGACUACCAAAUGGGUGUAUGGGAAGAGGAAAUCGUAGCGAUGUUGACUUCCUGCAUGGACCUCCUCGAAGAAGUCGGCGCUGGUCCCUCAGUACAACGACCUACGUCUACCGCGCGCCGGCGGUGAUCUUAGCAAUCUCAAGUUACGGUGAUCUGCUUGAUGGCGUAUCGCAGUGCCGCUCCCGAGCGCCAUCGAGGCGGCGCAUUGACACUCAUCUCGAGAGGCUUGCUACACGUCGUCCCCGCACACGCUUGCGUCCGCACCGUGCGCUCACUGGAGCGCAGUCAUCACGACAAGAAUUGCU